AAAGCGAAUUUUAGUUUUGCAUUACACAGUAAAGAAUGAACAGACAAAUAUUUUCAGUUCUUAUGAUUUUAAAUGUUUGUGCAUUUAUAAAAUCUGAAGUGAUUGAAAUUGAUGAUGGAAAAUUAGAAGGAACAGUUUUAAAGACACGAAAAGGCUUGGAUGUUUACGCAUUUAUGAAUAUUCCUUUUGCAGAGCCACCGAUUGGACGGUUACGAUUUCAUUCUCCGAUUCCAAAUAGAAAAUGGAAUGGGAUUCUGAAUGCGAAACAAUUUGGACCAGCUUGUAUGCAAAAUAACGAUGGUCCUGAUGAGAGUGUAUCUGAGAAUUGUCUUCAAUUGAAUGUCUUUACUAAAGAACUAAAUUCCAUCAAUUUAAAACCUACAAUUGUUUAUAUUCAUGGCGGUGGUUAUGUAGCUGGAUCUGCCGUUGGAUACCUUCCAAGUUAUCUUUUAGAUCGUGACAUUGUACUGGUUACUAUAAAUUAUCGCCUUGGACCUUUCGGAUUCCUCGCCACAGGAACAAAAGAUGCUUAUGGAAAUAUGGGUCUUAAGGAUCAAGUUUUAGCUCUAAAGUGGGUUCGAAAGAACAUUGCACAUUUUGGUGGAAAUCCAGAUCAAGUCACAAUUUCUGGAUUAUCAGCUGGUUCAUUUUCUGUUACGGCACAAAUGGGAUCAGUGAUGUCACAAGGAUUGUUUCAUAGAGCAAUUGCUAUGAGUGGUGCAAUCACCUGGCAAACAGGUUUAGACAGAGACAAUAUGAACUUAGUUAAGCAAGUAGCUAAGAGGCUUAGUUGUCCAAUAAAUGUCGAUGACAUGAUUCCGUGCUUACAGACAAAAUCAGCAAAAGAUAUAAUUCAAGCAGGGAGCAGAAGUUAUUAUGGCUGUUUGGUCAUGCCAUGGCUUCCUGUUGUUGAGCAAGAUUUUGGUCAAGAAAGAUUCUUUACCGCCGAUCCAAACAAGUUGUUCAAAAGUGGAAAAUUUAACAGAGUUCCAGUGAUUGUUGGAAUAACCACUGAUGAAUUUAUAUCGCCAGUUGUUCCUCUUCUCAACAAUAAAGAAUCAUUGGAACUGUUAAACAACAAAUUUUCUGAAAUAGCAUCCAACUGCUUUUAUUUCAGAGGAAAUGGAAUAAUAUCGACGGACGAAAUAGCUGAAUUAUUAAGAAAGCAUUACUUACCAUACGACAAAAUUGAUAAAACAUCAUUUAACAGCUUACAUCAUCUAUGCGCAGAUGGAUCAAUUGGCUAUGCAGUUCAUAGAUUUGCUCACUAUGCCUCUCCUUUUACUGAUGUUUAUUACUAUAAAUUUUCUUAUUCUGAACGAUUUAGCAACUUUUUGUAUCCUAGAAAUAAACCAUACGGAAUACAUCACGGUGAUGACAACAUGUAUGUCUUAUCAACUCACUAUGAUCCAGAAAUUAAAGAAUCUGAUCCAGAGAACUUUAUGGUCGAAAGAAUGACGAGAAUUUGGGAACAAUUUUCAAAAUAUGGAAAUCCUAAUAAGCGUAAUGAUGAAUUCCUUGCUGACUUAAAUUGGCCUAAACUGGAUAAAACUAGUGAAUAUUUCUUGGAUAAUGGAAAACAUAUGGUUGAAAAGCAAGGACUUUAUCUAGAGCGAUAUCAUAUGUGGGACAGUUUAGAUAAAUCUUUGAUGUAUUCUGAAAAAGAUGAAUCCAAUGAAGAGAUAAUGAUUAAAAUUAUCAAGAAAGAUUCUGACUAUAAUUUUGUAUUGUCAUCGAAUAAUUCGAAGAUCUAUAACUAUCGCUCGCUGCCUUAAAUUGUAUCAAACAUUUCAAUUCAUAUUUAUGUGAUAGUUAUGUCUUAAAUACCUUAACGCAUUGCAAAAAGGCAAAGCAACAUAAAAAUGACCAUUAAUAAUAAAAAUCGCAGGAAAUGCGAUUAUAUAACCUGUCAGCAUUAAGCAUCUAUUAUUUCAUUGCAAUUCAUCAAACCAAUUCAAAUUUAAUUUUUCACAGCGUUAAAAGCCGAU